GAUCACCAUCACCAGUCACUCAUCCGAGGCCCUAUCCCUAUUUUUAAAUCACGUCAAAACGGUUCCUGUUCCCCCCCGACGACCACCUGUCCUUUCCUGCUUUAGUGUGAGGCAUAUCCCAUCUCUCGCCCAAACCGGAUCUGUGCCCUCCAACGCCAUACCGUUGAGAUCUAUCGUCUGCGAAAGUGCCAACCCUUCGAACAUCAAACGCAUCGUCCAAAGCUUAGCAUACGCCCAAUAUGGAUGAAUCUGUCGAGCCCGAAUUCAUGGCCCCUGUCCGAGCCUCGUCGCCCUCCCCCUCCAUCCCAGCGACGCCGGCUAUCUCCUCCUGUCCCUCACCAGAUCGUACCUUUUCGACCAUCUCCUCUCUGUCGACUUCUUCCGCCACUUCCGCCGAUGCCAGGUCUUCCGUCUCCAUCUCAUCCAAGCGACGAGGAUACAUUCGCCCUCAGGGGGUCGAGUUUGCCGAGUCCGCCAAAAACCGGGAGAGUGUCAUGAGCCUGGGUAGCAUCGCUCAUCUGCAAUACUACUUUGCACGAACCGGUCUACUGGACGGCAAAGGUGCCCAGGCUAGGGAAUUUAAAAAGAAAAAGAAGCCGGAGGAUAUGCCGCGACUGCUCUUGACCCCCAACGCUCGGUUUAUCGAUGACUUGACUCUCAGUCCGACCAGUGCCAGUCCCACCGAUGACGAAAGUGAAAGCAUAGAUCCUAGGGAGGAGGUGUAUGACGAGGAUGUUGAAGUCAUGCUUCCUCCCACGGUCAGUACCUACAGCAUCAAAACGCAUCACAUCCCGCCCCCACCUAAACUCAAGGCUCUGCGGAAGGAUCUGCGGGACGCAUUGGAGAAAGCAGAACACAGUAUCGAGUCGAUCGAUGCUCAAAAGGAACCGCCGGCGGAGAUGAUUCCCCCGCGAAUUAGUCUUUCGAGUGACGAUAUGCCCGACGCUGCGGAAGACCCCUCGCGUCAGGCGCCUGCAGAAGCAACCCCGCAGACCUGGCAAGAGAUCCAGGGCAUGCGGGUCCUAGACACUGUCACUUUUGCGAUCCGAGCCGCUAAGAUCUACUAUACUGCGCAUGAGCGGCCCGAUCGACUGGCGAAGAUCAAAAGCGAGCGUGAAAUACGACAAGAGCUGUUCAAUGUCCUGGAGGUCCUGAAGCGGUGGGCCUCCCGAAACUUUGCAGACGGCCUUCGCGAGGAUGAACGGUCUGGCAUUGUUGGAUGGAUGGCCAACGUGCGCGACAUGCUGGCCCGGGAAGCUCAAUUGGAGUCAUUUGAAGCCAAAGAGCGAGCCGCCUGGAUCUGGACCGAGGGUGAAUGGAUCGGUAAGGAGCGUGAGCGCGAGACGUUGUUCCUGCGUAGUCUGAUCGGCUCCGACGCGCAGCUGCCGACAUGGACUGCGCCGGAGGAUGGCUCACCGCCACCCGCCAUGCUGGAACGGCUGCGGGAUGGACGCGACCUGGUGCGCGCCCAUAAUUUUGCCGUCAAGAACUCGAAGCGGCCGUUCCUCGAUAUCAAAACUUACCAUCAGGAUGUGGCCAAGCCCUACCGGCGGGCCGAAAACCUUCGUUUCUGGGUGAAGGCUGCGGAGCUGCGGUGGGAGACGAAGUUGGAGAUGGAUGUGAUGGGGAUUGUGCAUGGCAACAGUGAAGAGGCCUGGAAACAGUUCGACCAGGCUCUUCUGGCCUGGUGUAAAGUGGUGCGUGAGGAGCUCGUCCGAGACUGGCGCGAGAGGCGAGCUUCAGCAGCGAGCCUUCCACCUGACGAUCUGGUGGUACGGCCUAUGUGAGGGGGAACUUGGGGAAAAGAAAGGGUCUACAUGAGUAACUAACAACUUCGCUGGAGAGG